CCCACUUUCCCUUCUCAUGUUUAGUAGUAUUACCGUUACAUCUCAUUCACAUCAAUGCAUCAAGAAGUAGUGCUGAUCCACCACUUUUCCUUCUCUUGAGAUUCUCGUUACCCUUUUCACACUAAACACAGUAAACUCACUCAUCACUUGAGAAUUCAGAUUCAUUUCAUUUCGCUGUCGUUUUGCUCACACCACGCCGUUUACCGAAAUGACCCCUCCAACGACACCCAAUGCCUCUCCAACGCACGACGCUCCCUUCUUCCAACCGGCGACGGUUGUUCCGCCACUCCGCUGCUAACUCCCCCGCCGCCGCCCUCAUGUCGCCGGAAUCCACCGCCACCGCCCUUAAUCUCCGGCGGAUCCUCGGCGCUGCACUCCUCUUCUUCCUCGUCUCUCUCUCGUGCGUGCUGCUAUUCAGAAACGCCUAUUACUCUGUCUUCGUUUCCUCCAAUCCCUUGUCUCGUUUCACCACCGUUUUUCCGCCCAACGAUUCCGCAGCGGUAACCAAUGAAUAUUCACUUGAAAAUAUUCUGAGUGAGGCUGCUAUGCAAGACAGAACUGUUAUCUUGACAACAUUAAAUGAAGCAUGGGCUGCACCAAAUUCAAUCAUUGAUCUAUUCCUUGAGAGCUUUAGAAUUGGAGAUCAUACACGCAGGCUCUUGAAUCAUUUAGUUAUAAUUGCUUUAGACCAGAAAGCAUUUAUACGCUGUCAGGCAAUACACACCUAUUGCUAUUUGCUUGUCAGUGAAGCCACUGAUUUUCAUGAAGAGGCAUACUUUAUGACUCCUAGUUACUUGAAGAUGAUGUGGAGACGGAUUGAUUUCCUACGCUCUGUUCUAGAGAUGGGGUACAAUUUUGUGUUCACAGAUGCUGAUAUCAUGUGGUUUAGAGACCCAUUUCCUCGGUUUCACAGGGACGCAGAUUUCCAGAUAGCAUGUGAUCAUUUCACAGGCAGCUUUGAUGAUGUACAGAACAGACCCAAUGGAGGGUUCAACUUUGUAAAGUCCAAUAAUAGGUCAAUUGAGUUUUACAAAUUCUGGUAUUCUUCACGGGAAACCUAUCCCGGAUACCAUGAUCAGGAUGUCCUCAAUUUUAUCAAGGUCGACCCUUUCAUUACUGAUCUAGGACUGAGGAUGAAAUUCUUGGAUACAGCUAAUUUUGGUGGGCUUUGUGAACCAAGUAGAGAUUUAAAUAAAGUUUGCACGAUGCAUGCAAAUUGUUGCUAUGGUAUGGAUAGCAAACUUCAUGAUCUUAGAAUCAUGCUUCAAGAUUGGAAAUAUUAUUUGACCUUAUCUCCAAGUUUGAAGAGAUUGUCAAUUAUUUCCUGGAGGGUUCCUCAGAAUUGCAGCCUCGAUUCUCUUAAGCAUGAUCAUGGUUCUCCAGAAAAGAGUGUUCAAGAGGGUUGAAGUUCUCAUGGAAUAUGUUAACUUCUAAGACAUUGACAGAGAAGUUCAGCUGAAAUGCUGCUGAACCAAAGUUUUUUUUUCUUUAGUUAGGUCUGCUUCUGUAAUCAACCAGAAUGGUGCUAAAGUAAAGACAGCUCUGGCAUAUUCAAAUUUGAAGAGAAAAAUCAAUUUUGCUAAACCAAGUACUGAAGAAGUACCUCUACACUCGAAGUUACAUUUGUGCAACCUGAAAGAUAUAACAUUCUGUUCUAUGCAUUGAAUAUUGUUUGUACUUUGCUCAAUUUUGUGCAACAUUAUGUUGUAUUAGGUUCUUUUUCCAGUGCUCAACUCUCCAUCUUGUUUUCCCUCAAGCAAUACAGAACACAGUAAAUUUCAAACUCCAA